AGCGUGCCAAGUUUACUCUUACUUUGACUACCGACAUACACGAGGACGAUUGACGCUGCAAGAUAGACAACGACACACGCACGAUACCACUUGUCGUAAAGGACGACCGGGGACGAGCAAUUCGCGCUAGGCAGCACGCCACAAUACAUCAAGUAGAUCCCAUAUCCUACGAGCUACUUCAUGCUACCCAAUCGGCCCGUAUCUGUGCCUCCCGCACUCGAAGUGCGGGCUAAAGCCGCGAAUGGAAAGCAUACAGAACCCCUUAAUUCACUCGAGCCUCCAAAUAGGCCAUCGUCGACGCAAGCCGUGACCAUGCCAUCCUCGACAUCCCUCCCCAUCACCCCACCAUCGGGCACACCCUCUCCGCCCUCGCUCUCCCUGCUCCCGUCCCUCGACCAUGCACUGCCCUCGGUCGUCAACAGCCGCAGCGGCUCCGUGCUCGCCCGCGGCUUCAUCCUCAAGACGGACCACUACCCCUCCGGCCGCGCGCUCGAUCUGGCCGUGAAUGUGCACGGGGCGCCGAACUUCCGCGUCGGGGGCGGCGGGGAGUGGGCCGAGCUGAAUGUCUACGGCGUGGCGCAGCCGCGGACGCAGGGCCUGCGCGCGAUCCUGUCGAUCCUCCGCGCUGCGCCCGGACAGGCCCCGUCGGCCCCCGACGCGCCCUCGCGCGUGGUUUGGUUCUCGACGCGCGAGGAACCGGUUUUGUAUAUCUCCGGACGCCCGUUUGUGCUGCGGGAUGCGGCUGCACCGCGGCGGACGCUGACGCUCUCGGACCGCGCUGCGAACUUGGAGGCGAUCGAGCUGAGGAUGAAGGCGGAUGUGUUGGCGGAGGCGUCUCGAGGUGGAGGCGUUGUCCUCACGCAUAACGAAAUCGCCUCGGAAUCUCCGUCAGGGACAGGCGCGAUCGUGCCGACAUGGACUUUCGUGGACGUGUCGAAUGUCAAGACCAGCCGUGAGCUGUGGGGAGAGAUGAAGGCCGCGGGCUGGUCGGUCGAUUACCAUCGCAUCCCUAUUGCGCCAGAUCGGCCCAUCGAAGACUCUAACUAUCUGGACGCCUAUCUCCGUGUCAUCCGAACAUGCGAUCCCCGCAGUACCUCACUCGUGUUCUCGUGUGGGAUGGGAGCCGUGCGGACGACCUUCGCGAUGGUCGCUGCGGCGGUCAUGAGGAAGCGCCAGCUGGCUUUGUUGGAGAACAGGAUCAGCAGCACCACGCCGACGGACGACUUGGACGCACGGCGGACGGCUGCGCUCGAACAGGCCAUCGCGCAGCAGGAUCUUAACCGGUCGCUGUUGCGGCUGACCCAUCUCCUCCAGCAAGCGUCAACCACGACGAGAGCGAUCGAGCUGCUGUUGGCCUAUCCGACGCUUCUGGACAACCUGCGCAAAGCGCAUAUGGGAAACUACGGGAUCGUGCUCAGUCUGCUUGGGUGUCUCGAACACGGGCCUGCCGCCAAGCGGCUGGUCGAUAAGGUCAUCGACGUCAUGGACCAGGUCACGCACUUGCGCGAGGACAUCCUGGUCCACCGAUUGCGGCAUGCGCUGAGGUCCGGGGGUGAAGGGCAGGAGGUCGAUUCGCUGGGCAAAGCGGGUAGAGCGCUCGAGAAGUACUUCUUUUUGAUCGCUUUCGCGGCUUUCCUGGAGGAACAGCCGGACGAUCUGGGGGGCUCGUUCGGGGAUUGGGUCAAAGGGCGGAUCGAGAUAUCCAACCAGAUCAAGUUCUUACGCAAGUCGACCGACUCGAAGCUGAACGUGUUUGCGCCGAUCAAUGACCUUUCAGUACUCUCAAAGCGUCAUGGGGAGCUCGACCGUGCGAUGGUUCCCGGACGCAAGAACGAUCUUGCCAUAUCCGGUGGACAGAUCCUAGGCGAUGAAUAUGCCAGCCACGUCGUCAGCAAUCGAGGCGGCAUCGUGCUGCGUCAGGGCACGAUCCUCAAGUCAGACCAGUGGCACACCGCCGACACAUCAGCGAUACGAGGAGCACCGAAUUUCCGAAAAGUCCCGCACGCGUCAGCCAUCUAUGCCCUGGGUCAACCCACUCUCUCGGCGAUCCACGAUGUUGUGCAUGCCGCAUCACCACAGUCGCGCGUGGUCUGGAUCACGCUGCGCGAGGAGCCCAUCGUCUAUGUCAAUGGCUCGCCGUACUGUCUGAGACGCGAGGGCCGCUUCUCGUUGCGCAACAUGAAGGACUACGGCGGCAUCUCGGCGGGGCGGCUGGAGAUGCUCGAAGAGCGUCUCAGAGACGAUAUCCUGGCUGAGAUCCGGGCCUUCGGGGGACGGUUGCUGCUGCACACCGAAUCCGCGGCCGGGACGAUCCUGCCGGUGUGGGAAGACAUCGCCGACCCCGCGCAAGACGUCCUCGUGCUCAAAGACAUCAUGGCGCGUGCCCACCCGGGGAUCUCGUACCACCGCAUCCCCAUCACCGCCGAGCGGCCGCCGGAUCCGGCCGAUCUGCAGGACAUCCUCGACGUCGUGCUGGGCGUGUCGCCGGAGACGCCGAUCGUGGUCAACUGCCAGCUGGGCCGCGGGCGGAGCACGCUCGCCUCCAUCAUCGUGAUGCUCGUGCGCGACUGGCUCGCGUCGUACCGCGUGCUGCAGACGCCGACGACACCGCUGUUCCCUGCGGCGGCGGCGGCGGACGACGCGGCCGCGCGCCCGCGGCACUCGUACCAGGUCAUCAACAACCUGCUCCGGGUUUUGCGCGCGGGGCUGCGGAUCAAGGCGUGCGUGGACGGCGCGAUCGACCGCGCGGACCAGGUCGUAAAUCUGCGGCUCGCGAUCGAGGAGUGCCGGAUCCGCGCGGACGAGGCGAGCGCGGACGAAUCGGAGAGCAGGGCCUGGGCGCAACGGGGCCUGCAGAACCUGCACCGGUACUUCUCGCUGCUCGUGUUCCAGGCGUACCUGCAGUCCGCGCAGCCGGACACGCUGGCGCGCGGCGGCGUGCAGCGCUUCGUCGAGAGCCUGCCGGUGCUCCGGACGUUCGAGAGCGAGCUGUUCACCGCGCCGUCCGCGCACACGCUGACGCCGCUGAGCCCACCCGGCGGGCUGGCGCACCCGGACGAGGUCGCGGCGCUCGUGGCGAGCCGCGCGGGCGGGGUGCUCAGCGCGGCGACGAUCCUGAAGGACGAUAUGUUCUUGGGGCUGCAGAAGCUGACGCUGGUGGAGCGGAUCCAGGGCGCGCCGAAUUUUAGGACGGUGCCGCUCGUGCUGGGGUCGGUGGAUGCGAGGAUGGUGUGUGGGAGCGGGAUGCCGACCGUCGAGGGGCUGCAUAAUGUGCUCAUGCGCUUGGAUGCGGGGCCUGGGGCGGGCAAGAGGGUGUUCUGGACAUCGCUGCGGGAGGAACCCGUGGUCUACAUCGCCGGCCGGCCAUAUGUGUUGAGGCUGGCGACCAAUCCACUGGAGAAUGUCGAAGCCACAGGCGUCACCACGUCCAUGGUCGAGCGCAUGGAAGAGACCUUCAAAGCCGACGUGCUGCGCGAGGUGCGCUCCUCGCGGCUGCUGCAGUCCCCGCCCGCCGCGCUCGGCCGCAUUCUGGUGCACGACGAGAUCGAGCUCGACCACCCGGGAUCGUUCGCGGUCGUGCCGCAGUGGAAGGACGUCGCCGAGUCCGAGGUGCUGACGCCGCGCGACGUGUUCGAGCGGAUGCAGCAGGAGGGCUACGGGAUCGACUACGGGCGCGUUGCCGUGACGGACGAGCAGGCGCCGCUGCCCGACGCGCUGUCGCAGCUGCACGCGCGCGUGAGCCAGGCGCUGGAGGCGGACGGCGAGCUGGUGUUCAACUGCCAGAUGGGCCGCGGGCGGACCACCACCGGCAUGGUCGCCGCGUGCCUCGUCGCGAGCGUCUCCGCAGGGACGUUCGCGGCGGGCGCAGCCGUGGACCCGGCGGACCCGGCGUCUUCCGGGGCGAGCGGCGGGUGGGACGCGAUGGACGGGCCGUCGGAGGAGGAGGUGUACCAGCAGCGCGGCGAGUACAAGAUGAUCCUGCAGCUCGUGGGCGUGCUCGAGCACGGGCUGGUGGCGAAGCAGCUCGCGGACCGGGCGAUCGAUGCGAUGCAGGAUGUGCAGAAUCUGCGCCGCGCGAUAUACGACUACAAACUGAAGCUCGCGACGCAGCCGCCGGAUUCGCCUGCCGCGAAGAAGCUGUAUGCGGUGACGACGAACUACCUGUUCCGAUACGGCACGUUGAUCGUGUUUGCCAAUUUCUUGGUUGGCCAGCAACACGGUGAGCCCAGGCGGAGCUUCAGCGAGUGGCUGAAGGAGCAUCGGGAGGUGGGCGGGGUCCUCAGGCGGCGGGGACUGGACUAGCUGGAUCGAUGGAUAUAUAUAUAUGUAUAUAUGUAUACACUUACUGCAUCUGUUGUCAUUUACUCGUACUUACAGCUCAUUACAUACUCCCCAACUUACACAGCUUUCGUCACGCUGCUGCCCGCGAGCCCCCCACUCGGCAACGUAAACGUGACAGUCUUCGCUGCCGCGCCCGCAUCAGUGACCGUGACUGCGAGCACAGCCAGCGUCUGCGUCGGGUCCGACACGGUCAUCUGCCGGCUCGCGUGGUCAAACACCACCGCCGCGGUGCCGUUCGCCGCGAGCACGAAGCCGGCGGGCGACCCGGCCGUGAACGCCACCGACCCGGGCGCCCAGAACACCGCCAUCGCGACGGAGCCCGCGAGCACCGCCGCGGCCGUGUUGUCGUUCCGCACCACCACGGGCUGCGCCUGGCCCAGUCUCGUGCGGAACGUCGGCAGAUCGAGCGCGGGGUAGACCGUAUACGCGACGGACGAGGACGAGGAUGUGUCGUGGUUCACCCACGCGGCGAAGAGGUCGACCGUCGUCGGGGGCUGCGGGGACGUCCCGAUCGCGGCCCAGUCGCCCGUCUUCUGGCCGACCUGGACCGACACCGAUGCGCCGCCGCCGCUGCCGAAGACGUACCCGACGUUCCCGUGCCACAGCGAUGCGGCGCGCACGCCGGUCGCGUUCGAGACGGCCGUGGACCCGUUGAGGACGACCUGCCCCGCGUGCAGCCGCUGGUCGAGCACGGAGCGCACGGGCGCGCCCGUCGCGGAGCUGGUGUUCGACACUACGACGACCUGCACGUCGCCGGGGAGGAAGAACCACGCCUUCUGCCAGUGCAGGGUGCGCGUGAGCGGGUUCGUGUAGCGCAUCGCGGCGGCGCCUUUCGUGCCGUCCGACGCGCCGCCGACGAAGCCCUCGAUGCCCGCGGCGCCGGUCUGGCCGCAGUUCAGCGGCGUCGCGCCGUAGUCGACCGUGAUCCCCGGGAUGAGCUCCCAGUCCUGCCGAGCGACGGAUCAAACCGCUGGGCUCGUAAUGGAAUGUAUCCGACGCACCAUCGACGCCGCGAUAUCCUCGUACUCGUUGCCCUCGAUAUACGUCCGCAGCGCGCCGUCGGACAGGUGGAACCCGAGCGGAUUGGCGAGGUUCGUGCACUCCGUGUUCCGCGUGCGCGACGAGUACAUCUUGAGCGUGCUCACGUACCCCGCGCCGCGAUGCACCAUGUAGUCGUUGUUGAAGAACAUCCGGUUGCCGACGAGGCUCCCCGCGUUCGCGCUGCUCGAGCCCUGCGACAGCGACGAGGAGAAGUCCGUCAGCGCGGCGGAGCCCCACUCGGCGCCGAGCUGCUCGAUCUUGGUCAGGUUGAGCAGAAUGCUGCUCGUCGCUCUGGAUCGAGGCACGGAUCAGCGGCGUCCGGGAAAGUCUAUGCACCAGCCACGCACUGCAGGACAUCCGCGGUGGGGAACGCGAUGAACCGGCCGAGAACCGACUGUGCUCCGUCAUGAGGCCCGCGCCCAGAGAGACCAUGUCACGCGCACUCACGAAAUCCCAGUGUAGCACCCCGGUCAACACGUUCCGGUAGAUCAUCCACCGAUCGCCGGUGAAGAGCGUCCCCAAUGCAGCCUUGGACGCGGAACUGGCCUCGAACUGCGUCCCGCCCGCUUCCACCUCGAGGUCGACCAGAUCGUUCGUGUAGUCCUUGCCGUAGUUGCCGUUGUACAGAAUCCCCGAAUGCUGGAUGCCAAGUCAGGUCAGGUCAGGCGGCGGAGGGUGAUGCUGCUGAUAAACGCGCACCUGACCAAACCCUCCGUCAGGCCGGAUCCCAUCGCUCCGGGUCGCGUUCUUGAUACUCAGCUCCGCAUGCACGCGGCUGUACGCGUCCGUGAGCAGCGUCGUGUUCGCCGUCAGCAGCGCCAGGUCGAUCCCGAUCUACGCAAGUUCCAGUGCGCGCCUUACCUCAUGCUCGCGAGCGCGCGAAUCACACUCACCUUGGCGACAUCGAGCAGGUUCGCUCCGGUCAGCACGCCGACCUGUCAUCGUGUGUUGUGGGCGAUGGGAUGGAUGGAUGAAAGAAGGGCACGGCACGGGAAGCGUACCUGAUUGGCAGGCACGGUGAAUGUCCGGUACGCGCGCGCGGUGAUCGUCUUGCAGCUGCCCAGCUCCGCCGCGGAGAGCGUGCUGUUCAGCAGCAGGCACGUCUGCGACACGAGCUCGGGCGUGCCGAUGAUGUUCGGGAACCAGUUCUGUCAUCACUACCCCGUCAGCGCGCUAUCGAGAGAGACGGAGAGAGCCAGCCAGCCAGCCAGCCGAACGGCACGCACCGUGUUCCAGAACCCCGG